CGCCCGCGCCGCCGGAAGUGAGGUGUCUCACCCCCAAAGUUCCGGCUCGCAGGGGGUGGGGAGUGUUGUUAACCGGGGCCGCCUCCGCAGUCGUGGGGAUUGAGCGGGCUCGUGGCGCGGGGCUCCUGGGCGCCAGGCCAGGGCAAUGUUCCGCACCGCAGUGAUGAUGGCGGCCAGCCUGGCGCUGACAGGGGCCGUGGUGGCUCAUGCCUACUACCUCAAGCACCAGUUCUACCCCACGGUGGUGUACUUGACCAAGUCCAGCCCCAGCAUGGCAGUCCUGUACAUCCAGGCCUUUGUCCUUGUCUUUCUCUUGGGCAAGGUGAUGGGCAAGGUUUUCUUUGGGCAGCUGAGGGCAGCAGAGAUGGAGCACCUUCUGGAACGUUCCUGGUAUGCUGUCACUGAGACUUGUCUGGCCUUCACCGUCUUUCGGGACGACUUCAGCCCCCGCUUUGUUGCGCUCUUUACUCUCCUUCUUUUCCUCAAGUGUUUUCACUGGCUGGCUGAGGACCGUGUGGACUUUAUGGAACGCAGCCCCAAUAUCUCCUGGCUUUUUCACUGCCGCAUUGUCUCCCUUAUGUUCCUCCUGGGUAUUCUGGAUUUCCUCUUCGUCAGCCAUGCCUAUCACAGCAUCCUGACCCGUGGGGCCUCUGUGCAGCUGGUGUUUGGCUUUGAGUAUGCCAUCCUGAUGACCAUGGUGCUCACCAUCUUCAUCAAGUAUGUGCUGCACUCCGUGGACCUCCAGAGCGAGAACCCGUGGGACAAUAAGGCCGUGUACAUGCUCUAUACGGAGCUGUUUACAGGCUUCAUCAAGGUUCUGUUAUACAUGGCUUUCAUGACCAUCAUGAUCAAGGUGCACACCUUCCCUCUCUUUGCCAUCCGUCCUAUGUACCUGGCCAUGAGGCAGUUCAAGAAAGCUGUGACAGACGCCAUCAUGUCUCGCCGAGCCAUCCGCAACAUGAACACACUUUAUCCAGAUGCCACCCCAGAGGAACUCCAGGCCAUGGAUAAUGUCUGCAUUAUCUGCCGAGAAGAGAUGGUGACUGGUGCCAAGAGACUGCCCUGCAACCACAUUUUCCACACCAGCUGCCUGCGCUCCUGGUUCCAGCGGCAGCAGACGUGCCCCACCUGCCGAAUGGAUGUCCUUCGGGCAUCGCUGCCAACACAGUCGCCACCACCCCCUGAACCUGCCGAUCAGGGUCCACCAGCUGCCCCCCAUCCCCCACCUCUCCUGCCCCAGCCCCCCAAUUUACCCCAGGGCCUCCUGCCGCCCUUUCCUCCAGGCAUGUUUCCGCUGUGGCCUCCUAUGGGCCCCUUUCCACCUGUCCCACCUCCCCCCAGCCCAGGAGAGGCUGCGGCCCCUCCAUCCACCAGCACAGCAGCCCUUUCUCGGCCCAGUGGCGCAGCCAGUACCACAGCUGCUGCUCCUCCCUCUGCCCCGGCACCUGGCCCCAGCCCUGCCCCCGAGGCUAGCCCUGCCCCAGGCUUCCCCUUCCCACCCCCCUGGAUGGGCAUGCCACUGCCUCCACCCUUUGCCUUUCCCCCUAUGCCUGUGCCCCCUGCGGGCUUUGCUGGGCUGACCCCAGAGGAGCUGCGGGCUCUGGAAGGCCAUGAGCGGCAGCACCUAGAGGCUCGGCUGCAGAGUCUGCGCAACAUCCACACGCUGCUGGAUGCCGCCAUGCUGCAGAUCAACCAGUACCUCACCGUGCUCGCCUCCUUGGGGCCCCCACGGCCUGCCACCUCAGUCAGCUCCACUGAGGAGAUGGUCCCUACAGUUGCUGCCUCCUCCACCAGCAUCCCCAGCUCUGAGGCUACCACGCCAUCCCCAGGAGCCUCCCCACCAGCCCCUGAACCUGAAAAGCCUUCAGCUCCUGAGUCGGUGGGCACUGAGGAACUGCCUGAGGAUGGGGAGCCUGACGCAGCAGAGCUCCGCCGCCGUCGCCUGCAAAAGUUAGAGUCUCCUGUUGCCCACUGACACUGCCCCAGCCUUGGCCCCUGCCCUCACUGUUGAGCAGCCCACGCUGGAACAUGUCCUGCCACCAAGUGCCAGCUCCCUCUCUCCUGCACCAGGGAAUAGUAACCCCCAGCCCAGGCAGAGGAGGUGGCAUCCCUGGCCAAAUAGGAAGAGGCCUGAGGCUCCAGACGACUCCAGCCCUUAGAGUCCUGGGCGCCAUGGGGACCUUGGGUCAGUUCCAGCCUUCCUCUCCGACCAGUAAGCCUGUGUUCUGCUGGGGCUGUGAAGUCAGAAAGGCACAGCCUUUGAGAAGCCCCCUGGGCCGCACUUGUGUAUGUGGAGUCCUGCUGCAGUGCUGAUCAGUAUUAGCCCCUGGGCCACCCCAGCAAGACUGGUAUUGUCGUUUUCUUAUCCUAAACUCCCCAGAAGCCCUUUGUGUUGGUGGUGGUUGUGUCCGCAUUUCCAUGUCUUGCUGGCAGCCACGUGCCUCAGGGAAAGAAGUGCCUGUGGGUGGAGGAGCAGGUGGGCAGCAGUGAGGGGCCCUGCCCCUCCCCUCCCCCAAGGCUCCUCUCUCCCGAGUCUGUCCGAGUGUGACUCCCUGGUUUCCUCCAGCAGCCACUGCCCAGCCUCCCUCCAGGGUGAGGGUUUGUGUGUCUGCUCCCGAACCACUGCAAGCCCCGGAAUUCAUGGAUGGCCACUUCUCGACGUACAGAACUUUUCUUGAGUUUAGAAGAAUUGGAAUUACUUCCUUGCUUAUUGUCUUUUGGCUUAAAUUUUGUCUUUGAACUUGAAUGCUUUGACCCCAGGAAAGAGGAGUAAGAGUGCCAGGCUCCUGGUCUUUCCAGUUUAGACAAGGCAACGAGCCAGGCAAGGACCACAGGAGCUGCGGCUUGCCUGCCCCCUUUCCCCCUCAGUUUUGUGUUAUAAGAGUUGCUGGAGAGUUUCAGAUGAUUAUUUAAUUUGUAAAUAUUGUACAAAUUUUAAUAGCUUAAAUUGUAUAUACAGCCAAAUAAAAACUUGCAUUAACAAUU